AUGAACCGGUUGGUACAACAACCAAAGUUAGUUACGUUUACUCUAUUGUUUUAUCAGGAACUUGAAUCUGAAAUCCGACAAUGGCUCAACAACUCCGAUUCCGCACCAAUGGAGACAACUUGGUCCCCAGCCGGAACUACCAACGUGUCUGGCGGUAAGGGACGCUCCAACUGGAAGACAAGGAAGUUGGGUAAACCCGAAAAGGUUGGUACAAUACCCAACAAGACGGUACUCCCAGUACAGUAUGAAUUUGCGCCACCCACAGAUUCAAAUCAUUCCGGGCUCCAGACUAAUUCGACCAUCGGCGACAGCAGUCAGCAGAUAACAACACAAAUUACAUCGCAAGCUAUUGUCCCGCCGUCAGUUACCACCGAACUACAGGCGUCAAGCACACACUCGCCUUUGACAGAAAUUCAAUCACCAAGUCAGGACUUGAUUUCUCCCAUUGAUGCCAACCGGUCAUCCCAAAUAGUUGAAAUUCCGCAAAAUACCUACCAGGGCUAUCCAUCAAAUGUGGACCAACUCGAAACAGCUUUGGACGUAUCUGAGACGACUAACCCGAAACAGAAUGAGAGUCUAAUCCUGCCGCCUGUGCUCAGAGAGGAGUCCCAUUACCCUCCUGCUUUUGAAGGUUCAAAGAGGCUCAACUCUGAGCCGACUGUAGAGAUAGACGAGCUAGUGCCUGUUGUGUCAACCAAGUUAGAAACGCUAAAUGAGAAUGCGCAAAAUGUCAGCAGUAGCGUAAAUAGAGAAAAUGAAAACAAGUUUGCCGAAAAUGCAACGUUAAGCUCGUCCGCCUGUGCCAGGCUUACUGGCUUGAGCCGGUUUAACUUUGUUUGGCAUUUGCUCUACUUUACGGUUUUCACGUUGCCGGGAUUUUCUCAUUAG